AUGACGUCCACAAGACCUGGAAGGAAGUCGACACGUCGCCCUGGCUAUGUGAGCACGGUGGAUGCGGUGCCCCUCUCGGACGACAACGACGAUGAUGGUUCCGCCGGACGAUCUCGCACUCGCGGCCGCAAGCGCAAGCAGACCGAAAUUGAGUACACUAGCGACGGUGGCUCGGACAGCGACGGAACCGAUUCGGAGCAAGAUCAACGGAAGAGACGCACUCGCUUCAGCGACGGGCCUGGCCGGAAUCUGCGGCGAAGAUCGCAUCCCACAUACACCAAUGAGCUGCAGGCCGACGAUGGCGAUGACAGUGACGAUGCGCCCUUCCUCAACUCUGACCUUACCACCACCAAGCCUCGUCGGGGUAAGCCUAAUCUGCGCGGAUCCCGGACCAUCGAGACUGGCGAGAAUGGCAUUGGCUAUGAGAUACGCAGAGGGGGCCGAGUUGGAGAGCGUCAGUCGGGACGCUCGACAAGACAUCAAGGCGGCAUGCAGGAGGUCGGCGAGAUGCAGAUCUAUCGAUCGGAUUCCGACGAGGCCACUCAGGCGCCGCCGCCCAAGCCGAAAAUCACCGGAGCGCGUGAACAGUUUAAGACCCUGCCGCGCAACGACGAAUUCCGCAUGCGGCACAUCCAGCAGUGUGAUAGUUGUUCCGAGGGACCAAACUUCGCCCCAUUGAUCUAUUGUCAAGGCUGCACAGUCGCCUACCACAAGUCGUGUCUGGGGAACCGAAGCACCCGUGAGCACUUGGUGACGAAAAUCAGCGAGGACUUCUCUGUCCUGCAGUGUCGUCGCUGCGUCGCCUUCAACCGCAAGAAGAACCCCACUGCACCAGACCUGGGAAAGUGCGUGGACUGUCGCGAGCAUGGGUCCGCUUGCUUACCCUUUCGCCCCCGCAAAACGCCCGCUCAGGAGCACAAAGAGCGCGAGGACAACGAUGGCCAAGAUCCGAUCUACCCCGUCCAUGCCUCACGCAUCAAUCACGUCGACAACGUCCUCUUCCGCUGCCUGUUUUGCUACCGCGCCUUCCAUUUCGACCACCUUCCUUCCCGCUCCGACAUUAUUGAUAUGGACGUCGACGUGGAUGCGGAGCAGCGCUUCCGUGAAUACAGCCGAGACUGGAAGUGCAAAGAGUGCCUCACUAUGCCGGGCAAGGUAUCCGGCUUGAUUGCGUGGAAGCCGAUCGAGGAAGACAAUUACGACCCGGCAGUGCCCGUUGAGAGCGUCGAUGAAGACGACAAAGCGUACUUGGUCAAAUGGGCCGAGAUGUCCUACUUCCGCGCAUGUUGGAUGCCCGGCGCCUGGGUCUGGGGUAUCGCUGCCGUGGGCACACGUCAUGCUUUCCUGAAGCGCGACGACAGCCAGCACCCAAAGAUGAGGACGGAAGACGCCAUCCCAGAAGACUACCUGCGCGCGGACAUUGUGCUUGACAUCAAAUAUACAAGCGUAGUCGAUAUUCGGGGCGAAGAAAUCGACAAGGCGCGCAUCCGCGAAGUCGACAAGGCUUUGGUGAAGUACAAGGGACUCGGGUAUGAAGAUGCGGUGUGGGAGGCACCGCCUUCUCCGGAAGACGGCGAUCGAUGGGCGGAUUUCGUCAUGGCAUACAACGAUUGGGUUUCUGGGCGCUAUGUACGCCUGCCGAAACCAACGACCAUCCGAUCUCGCCUGGAGAAAGCGCGGUCACAGGAUUUUGCCAAAUUGGAGAAGACAAAACAGCCGGACAACUUGGAAGGGGGCGAGCUCAUGAAAUACCAAAUUGAGGGCGUGAACUGGCUCUACUACAAAUGGCAUCGCCAGCAAAACGCCAUCCUCGCCGACGAGAUGGGCCUUGGGAAAACGAUUCAGAUCAUCGGCUUCCUCGCUACACUCGUUGCUGACUGGAACUGCUUUCCCUUUCUGGUGGUCGUUCCCAACUCCACCUGCCCCAACUGGCGGCGCGAGGUGAAGCGAUGGGCGCCCUCCUUACGGGUCGUCGCUUACUAUGGUUCGAGAGAAAGCAGGGACCUCGCACAUCGCUAUGAGCUCUUCCCAGAAGCUUCGAAAGAGCUCCGUUGUCACAUCGUAGUGACAAGUUACGAUGCUGCGCAGGAUGAAAAUUGCCGCAAAUUCUUCCGCAGUGUGCAAUGGCAAGGCCUGAUUGUCGACGAAGGUCAGCGGCUCAAGAACGACAAGAACAUGCUGUACUCCGCGCUUGGCGCGCUCAAGUGCCCCUUCAGAAUCUUACUCACCGGCACACCACUGCAGAACAACCAGCGCGAGCUCUUCAAUCUGCUUCACUUCCUGGACGAGAGCUAUGACGCCGCCCAACUUGAGGAGGAAUACGCAGAUCUGGACUCUAGCAAGAUCACGAAGCUGCAUGACUUGAUCCGGCCGUUCUUCUUGCGACGAACGAAGGCGCAGGUCCUCACCUUCCUACCACCAAUGGCACAGAUUAUCGUUCCCGUGAGCAUGACCAUCGUUCAAAAGAAGGUGUAUCGGACGAUCUUAGCGAAGAACCCGGAGUUGAUGAAAGCCAUCUUCAGCUCGGAGUCUACGCUGAAGCAGGGGGAACGAGCGAAUUUGAACAAUAUCCUCAUGCAGCUACGCAGAUGUCUUUGCCAUUCCUUUGUCUACAGUAGAGGCAUUGAGGAUAAAGACGUCCCAUACUCUACAUCACACCGGAACCUGGUCGAUGCCAGCUCCAAGCUGAAGCUUCUGGAAGUCCUGCUCCCCAAACUAAAGGAGCGUGGCCACCGGGUCUUAAUAUUCAGCCAGUUCUUAGACAUGUUAAGCAUGGUCGAGGACUUUUUGGAAGGUAUGGCCCUGCAGUACCAACGACUGGACGGCACCAUUGGCACGCUGCAGAAGCAGAAGCGCAUCGACGAGUUCAAUGCGCCAGACUCAACCCUGUUCGCCUUCUUACUCUCUACAAGAGCAGGAGGUGUAGGCAUCAAUCUCGCCACGGCUGACACCGUGAUCAUCUUGGAUCCUGAUUUCAAUCCUCAUCAAGACAUCCAAGCCUUGUCUCGCGCUCACCGAAUUGGACAGCAUAAGAAAGUGCUGUGCUUUCAACUCGUCACACGUGCCUCAGCAGAAGAGCGCAUCAUGCAAAUGGGUCGCAAGAAGCUGGCUCUUGACCACGUGUUGAUCCAGGAAAUGGACACGGACGAUGUCGAGCAGAACGACCUGGCUUCCAUUCUGAGACAUGGCGCAGGCGAGCUGUUCGAAGACACCGGCGAACAGGACAUCGUGUAUGAUGGGCCAAGCGUUGACCGUCUAUUGGACCGCAGUCACAUGGAAGAUACGCAGUCUGGUGCAGACAAGAGCGCGGAGACCCAGUUCUCUUUUGCGAGGGUCUGGGCCAACGAUCAAGGAUCUCUCCAAGAUGAGAUGGCGGAUGAGCCCGUGGAGCAAGCGCCAGAUCCUGGUGUUUGGGCGAACAUCCUCAAAGAGCGCGAGCGCGUUGCAGCUGAAGAGGCGGCCGCCAAAGCAGAUGGGUACGGCCGGGGUCGCAGAGCUCGAAUGAAUGUCGACUACAACAACGACCGAGCUCCCGAAGGCGUUGACGCGAUGGACAUCACACCAGUCAAAGGGCUCAAGGUCAAGAACAGUGAGGAGAGUGAUACUGACUUUCAGGCCGAAGCGAGCGAGGCCGACGACGAACCGAGCGAAGUUGAGGAUGACGGCGAUGAGCUCGGUGGCAGGCAUGGUGGCGAGGAUGAUGCUAAACAUGACGCAGGCCGCAAGAAAUCUGGUAAGCAUUCACUCUCUUCUACCGUUGUGCCGCCGACCCCCGCGGCCACUCCGAGAAAACGCAAGCCCAGCAGCACUGCCAGCCUUUCGAAGCAGUUGAAGAAACCUGGUGGUGCUCGCGGCAAGGGCAUCAAGCUUUGCAUCAGUAGCCCGAAAGCUGCUCCGCACACGGCCUCUGCUUCCAAACUGAAGAGGAGCGUUGCGAGCAAGCCGUCUUCUGCUCGCACACCCAAAGCAGCUGGCGUCAAGAGCAAGAUGGCAAAGACUGAUCAACAUGCCAAAUUCCAAGCUCAUCAGCCCAGCGAUAUGAUUUCAAUCACCACCGGUCUCAUGUGUGUGGCAUGCCGCACGUAUCAUCCGCCGGGCAAAUGCCCUCUUAAGAUUGCCGGAGUGGAGCACUGCAACUUGUGUGGCAUGGCUCAUUACGGCUCUGCGAGGGUGUGCCCGCACAUUCAGUCGGAGACGCAGGUGCGGCAAAUGCUUGAAGCACUCAAGUAUUCAAACGAGCCGCAGCAUCUUGUCGCUGAAGCCCGGCGCUACUUGCGUGGAUUGAAGGGCAAUCUCGUGCAGAUGAAGAAGCAGGCGGAGUUGAAGAGGCAAGCGGCGCGUGAGGCGCGUGAGGCGCAGAACGAACCGGCUUUCCAAAUGGCCAGGGCCCCGACUUGGAGAGGGUGA